UAUGAUAACCAUUGAUGACCACUGAUAAUACCCGAAGGUUUCACACAUCAUCACCGCAAUUGUGACCACAAGUUGUUGUUGUUGUAGUUAUUUGUUUUUUUAUUGUUGAAGACGGCAUAUCACACACACACCAACCAACCAACACACCCGUCAGCCACACACAACACACCCCGAAAGACACGGCCAAUCAAAGUUGAUAGCACACGACGGCAGCAACGGCGGCGGCGAUGCGUGAAUACAAAGUAGUAGUACUCGGUUCGGGCGGUGUCGGCAAAUCGGCACUGACCGUCCAAUUUGUUUCCAAUACGUUUAUGGAAAAAUACGAUCCGACUAUCGAAGACUUUUACCGCAAGGAAAUUGAAGUCGAUGGCGGCCCGUGUGUACUGGAAAUACUGGACACCGCCGGUACCGAACAGUUUGCAUCGAUGCGCGAUCUCUAUAUCAAGAAUGGCCAGGGAUUUGUUGUCGUCUAUUCAUUAACCAAUCAUCAGACAUUUCAGGACGUGAAGAACAUGAAGGAACAGAUUGUUCGGGUCAAGGGUACCGAUCGGGUACCCAUUAUACUAGUUGGCAACAAAUUGGAUAUUGAACACCAACGCGAAGUGACCACAUCGGAAGGUAUAGCCCUCGCCCAGGUCUGGUCAGUGCCUUUUAUCGAGGCUUCGGCCAAAAGUCGGAUCAAUGUUAACGAAGUGUUUGCUGAAAUUGUCCGCGAAAUGAGCUAUAAUUCGGUUAAAGACAAACCAAACUAUUGUUGUCACGGCUGUCGUCCCGUUUGUAAUAUACUCUGAUUUUUUUUGUUGUUGUUGUUGCCUUUAAUUGUUAAUAAUUAUUAUUAUUAUUAUUAAUAAUUAUUAAUAAUUAAUUUAAUUAAUUAACUGAUAUUUUCAUCGGCCAUUCAAUUAUCAUCCGUCACUCGCCAAUCAUCAUCAUCAUUGUCUCCCCCCAAGAGAUCACCAUUUAAUUGAAUCCAAUCAAUCAAUCAAAUCAAACAAUCAUUUUUUUUUUAAAUAACUGUUUUUAUUUUGUAUUAUUGAUGAUAUUAUUAGACAUUUUAAUAAUUAAUGAAUUAUAAUUAAUUGAUAGCCUUUACUGUGGUUUAGAGUGCAUAUAUAC